CAUAGAUCAAUGCACUACAACAAAAUCUAGAACUGAUGAAGUUCAAGGUAGCGAAUGCAUCGGAAUACCUGGUAAUAACAGGUGCAGGGAUCAAAGACGUGAAGCUUGCGAAGAAAGCAUGGGUAUUGCCAUGGCAAUCAUGCACCACCUUGGACCUUUCUCCGGUAAACUACACGUUCGAGCUCCAAGCCAUGAGCGCCGAGAAGCUCCCUUUCAAGCUUCCUUCGGUGUUCACAAUUGGUCCACGUGUUGACGAUCACGAGUGUCUCCUAAAGUACGCCAAGCUCCUCUCGUCCCAUGAUAAGCUCUCCAACGACGUUAAUGAUCUGGUCCAAGGAGUCAUUGAGGGCGAGACGCGUGUUCUCGCAGCUUCUAUGACUAUGGAUCAGAUCUUCAGGGGAACCAAGGAGUUCAAGCAAGGUGUGUUCGAGAAGGUUCAGCUGGAACUGAAUCAGUUUGGGCUGCUGAUCUACAAUGCCAAUGUGAAGCAACUGGUGGACGUGCCGGGACAUGAGUACUUCUCUUACUUGGGCAAGAAGACUCAGAUGGAGGCCGCAAAUCAGGCCAAGGUUGAUGUUGCUGAGGCCAAGAAGAAGGGUGAGGUUGGUGCCAAGCUCAGGGAAGGCGAGACGCUCCAGAAUGCGGCCAAGAUCGAUGCUGAGACGAAGAUCAUUGCCACUCAGAAGAAAGGCGAGGGCGAUAAGGAGGAGAUCAACGUGAGGACAUCAGUGAAGGUGUUCGAGAACUUGAAGGAAGCAGAGGUGGCAGAGGCAAAUGCAGAGCUGGCAAGAAAGAAGGCGGAGUGGUCGAAGGUGGCUAAGUUGGCGGAAAUGGAGACUACAAAGGCAGUGUCUUUGAGGGAGGCAGAGCUGCAGGGCGAGGUUGAGAGGAUGAAUGCUAAGGCGAAGACUGAGAAACUUAGAGCUGAUUACCUUACCAAGGCAAGCGUUGAGUAUGAGACCAAGGCACAAGAGGCCAACUGGGAACUAUACAAGAAACAAAAAGAAGCAGAAGCAGUUCUUUUCCAGAAGGAGAAAGAAGCUGAAGCACAAAAGAAAUUAGCAGAGGCACAGUUUUUCGCUCGCCAACAAACCGCCGAUGCACAGCUAUACGCGAAGAAGAAGGAGGCAGAGGGGCUUAUGGCAUUAGGGAAAGCCCAAGGUGCAUAUCUAAAGACACUCCAUGAAGCAGUUGGAGGAAACUAUGCAGCUCUAAGGGACUACUUGAUGAUAGAGGGUGGAAUGUAUCAAGAGAUUGCUAAGAUUAAUGGCGACGCAGUACGUGGACUCAAGCCGAAUAUCAGCAUUUGGACUAAUGGCAAUGACGAAGGCAGUGAUGGCGGUAGUGCUUUGAAGGAGGUUGCCGGUCUGUAUAAGAUGCUGCCACCUUUGUUUAAGACAGUUGAAGAACAAACUGGUAUGCUGCCUCCAGCUUGGAUGGGAACCUUGACUCAAAAGAAUGUGGAUCAAACUUCUCUAAAGUGA